AUGGGUAACAUUUUUUUUAAACGAAAACAAGGCGUAAUUCUAACUCCACCUCCUUACGGAUAUCAGCAGCAAUUUGGCACGUUUGCACAGCAAAAUCCAUCGAUGGUGAUGCAACAGAAACCUGUUAACCAACAACCACAGCCAAUACCUAUGCAAUCACAACAGCAAUUUCAACGGAUUUCUCAUUUUUCUAAUUCGACAGGACCAAUCGUUUCAUCGAAUUCACGUAAAAAUGAUGUGCUUUUAUCAAAUUUAAGUGGAUGGUCGUUAGAUGACAUUGAAAAUUUACGACAAGAAUUUAACAUGUAUGCAAAUCAGAACGGUAUUAUUGACCGAGAAGCAUUUUGUAGAUUAUACGUUGCAUCAUUGUUACAUACAACUUGGGAAACAUUGCAACGUGAUGCCGAAUCGGCAUUUAGAAGUUUUGACGUAAACUGGACAGGUGCUAUCGAUUUUAAUCGAUAUAUAAUAACCUGCUCACAUAUGGCUAACGAUAUGCAGAAUGGAAUCCGUUAUUGA